GAUGGCGGCGCUGCAUGAGGAGCCGGCAGAGGUGGCGGCGGCGCAGCCGGACCCCGAGGCGGGGACGCCGCCGCCGCCACCCGCGGUGCCUCCCGCCGCCGCCGCCGCCGCCGCUUCCGCCGCUGCCCCGGCCACCGCCGCGGAGGGAGAGGCGGCGGGAGCAGGUGGGGAUGCAGCACCCCCGAAACCCGCGGCGCCGGGCCCGGCCGCCUCCCCGGCGGCGCUGGACCGGCAGACGCUUGUGGCCGUACUGCAGUUCCUGCGGCGCAGCAACCUCCGGGAGUCCGAGGAGAUCCUACGCCGCGAAGCCCGCCUGCUCGGCGAUGACCUGGGUGCCGCCGCUCUCAGCCCUGCCAGCGCCGGGCUCCUGGGGGGCUCCGGCAGCGACGCGGACUCCGGCGAGGCACUGCUCGGCCGGGGCACUAGCGCUGCCGCCGUCGCCAUAGGAGGCAGCGUCGCCACUGUCGCGACUUCCAGCCCCGGGGUGGCCGCAGUUGCCGCCGUGCCGCCGGGGAAAGUCGGAGGCGCCGUGGUUGUGGAGGAUCAGCCGGAUGUGAGCGCGGUGUUGUCGGCCUACAACCAGCAAGGGGACCCGACGCUGUACGAGGAGUACUACAGUGGAUUGAAACACUUCAUCGAGUGUUCCCUGGACUGUCAUCGGGCGGAAUUGUCUCAGCUCUUUUAUCCUCUCUUUGUGCACAUGUACUUGGAAUUGGUCUACAAUCAACAUGAGAGUGAGGCAAAGUCUUUUUUUGAAAGAUUUCAUGGGGAUCAGGAGUGCUAUUACCAGGAUGACCUGCGUGUAUUGUCGAGCUUAACCAAAAAAGAACAUAUGAAAGGUAAUGAGACCAUGCUGGAUUUCCGAACAAGCAAGUUUGUGCUGCGCAUUUCCCGUGACUCUUACCAACUCUUGAAGAGGCAUCUUCAGGAAAAGCAGAACAAUCAGAUCUGGAACAUUGUUCAGGAGCAUCUUUACAUUGAUAUCUUUGAUGGAAUGCCUCGCAGUAAACAACAGAUAGAUGCUAUGGUUGGAAGCUUGGCUGGGGAGGCAAAACGAGAGGCUAAUAAAGCAAAGGUUUUUUUCGGCUUACUUAAAGAACCAGAGUUUGACGUGCCUUUGGAUGAUGAAGAUGAAGAAGGAGAAAAUGAGGAAGGAAAGCCAAAGAAGAAAAAACCUAAAAAAGAUAAUGUAGGGUCAAAAAGUAAAAAACAGGACCCUAAUGCUCCUCCCCAAAACAGAAUUCCUCUGCCUGAACUGAAAGACUCUGACAAGCUGGAUAAAGUAAUGAAUAUGAAGGAAGCGGCAAGGCGAGUGCGUCUUGGACCAGAGUGCCUGCCCUCCAUCUGUUUCUACACAUUCCUUAAUGCUUACCAGGGUCUGACUGCAGUGGAUAUUACAGAUGACUCCAGCAUGAUUGUAGGAGGCUUUGCUGACUCUACUGUCAGAGUGUGGUCUGUGACUCCAAAAAAGCUACGUAGUGUAAAAACAGCAGCAGACCUCAGUCUCAUUGACAAAGAAUCAGAUGAUGUCUUGGAGAGGAUCAUGGAUGAAAAAACAGCAAGUGAGUUGAAGAUUUUAUAUGGUCACAGUGGACCUGUCUAUGGCACCAGCUUCAGUCCUGAUAGGAACUAUCUGUUGUCCUGUUCUGAGGAUGGCACUGUGAGAUUGUGGAGUCUCCAAACAUUCACGUGUUUGGUGGGAUAUAAAGGACAUAAUUAUCCAGUUUGGGAUACACAGUUCUCUCCUUAUGGUUAUUACUUUGUGUCAGGGGGACACGACAGAGUGGCUCGUCUGUGGGCAACAGAUCACUACCAGCCAUUACGGAUCUUUGCUGGCCAUCUUGCAGAUGUGACGUGUACCCGAUUUCAUCCCAACUCCAACUAUAUUGCUACGGGCUCAGCAGACAGGACUAUACGGCUCUGGGAUGUUUUGAAUGGGAAUUGUGUAAGAAUAUUCACUGGACAUAAGGGACCAAUUCAUUCAUUGGCAUUUUCUCCUAAUGGGCGAUUCCUGGCUACUGGAGCAACAGAUGGAAGAGUUCUGCUGUGGGAUAUUGGACAUGGCUUGAUGGUUGGCGAAUUGAAAGGGCACACUGACACUAUCUAUGCACUCAGAUUCAGUAGAGAUGGAGAGAUUUUAGCAUCAGGUUCAAUGGAUAACACAGUUCGUCUGUGGGAUGCUGUGAAGGCAUUUGAAGAUUUAGAAACUGAUGACUUUACUACAGCCACUGGACACAUAAACUUGCCUGAGAACUCACAGGACUUGCUACUGGGCACAUACAUGACCAAAUCAACCCCGGUUGUUCAUCUCCAUUUCACACGCAGGAACCUGCUGCUGGCUGCGGGAGCCUACAGCUCACAGUAGAUCGGGAAGCUGAGACUGACUGUGCCAAGUCAUUGCAGUAGUGACCUCAGGAUGUGAGACAAGGGGGAAUAUCUUGAACAGAAGGACCCCACGAGUCUGUUGCAGGGAGAAUGAAACUAAGUAAUUAAUGCAAGCAGCAUUUCUCAGUUCUGCUGUUUCAUAUUUAUCUGCAGUUUGAAAAUGCUGGAGAUUGACAAGACAUCGUGGCUGUAAAAGAAGGAACUGUUUGUGGUGCUUUUGAUAACAUAGAUAUAUGUACAUAUGAAAUGAGCCAUCUCUUCCCAGAGGUGGUACUGAGCUCUGCUGAAACUUGUGAAAAGUUAACAGCCUUGACAUGUGUUCUCAGAUUUUUUUAAAGCACUUAAUUUAUGGUUAGCAAAUGUUUCAUCAGUCUCAAACACAAGGAAACUGUCCAUUUUCAGGAAAGAAGAAUGUAGUUUGAUUCACUACAGCCUGGGCUGGGCAGCAGGUGUGGUGAGAUCACAGAAACAACCAGGGCAUUGACGGAGCGGGCCCGACAGCCCGAUGCUUGUGGGGAACUGCCGCGGAGCUCCAUGCAUGAUUUUUAUGCAGCCAAGUUCUAAGUCCUGAAAAGAUUUCAAAUUUAUGUGCUUUUUUAAGGUGUCAGAAACACAGAUCUUGUUACUGUUUUCAAAGGUAGCCAGUGCUGUCAGUGUGAUAAGCAACCAGAAGUGCAAUGUGAAUUUUAUUUACUUUCAUACUUUAUUGUAUGAGAAAAUAAAAAGGGGAACUGAGGCACAACUGAAAUAGUCACUAUUAAAAAAGUGGACUUGAACCCUUUACUUUGUAUUAGAUGUAAAAGAAUAUUAAAAACCUGUAUCCUUUCUGCAUAAUGUUUAACAAAAAAACCCAGUAAAACUAGCCAAGAAAUUGAAACAUUAUAGCAGCAUGAAAGGAAAAGUGCAUGAUCAGUUUGCUUUUGAAAGGCCAGCUUGUCUCUUGAGUGACAAUUCCACGAAAACAUUGUACCCAGUGAGUCCUCCUGGACUACCAAUAAAGCUGUGUUUUAUUUCUAAAGAAGAGUAAAACAUGCAGAACACUGGGAAGAGCAUCUGUGUUUUUGAACCAAAAACAUCACCACCAAAGGCCAGGUCCAGUGGGGUGUGGGCUUGGGUUGGUUUUUGUUCUUAAUCUCUUACAAAAUUUAUGCAGAGAAAUUUAUGCAGGUUUGUGUUCCUCAUUACUUCACAGUAAGGACUUGGACACUUGAACAAUCUACUGGCUCUCUAGUGAAAAUAAAAACAAGACUUGUAAUUUCUAAGGUCAAGUAAAUGGAGAACUACCUCCUCUUUCAUCUCUUGUCUUGCUCUAACUCUUAAAGUAUACUACAGGCAUUAUACAUAAAAGUAAAGUGGAAAAUUCACUAGGAAGGUCACCUAGACAUUUUCUUCAAAGAAAAAAGGGUAAAAAUUGUUUUGAUUUUCUUUUGUGUAAUGGUACCUCAACAAAAUUUCCUAGCUCUCAAUAUGACCAGUUAGAUUUAAGUAGUUUUUGACAGCUUAAAGAAAACACUGCCACAUUCUGCCUUUGUAUUUUGUACAGUUUUAUACUUUUGAUAUAAUAAAUACUAAAACCACAUAAUUUGUGUCUAUAUGUUACAAGAAGACAUUUACUGCCCUUAAUGGCUGCAAUGGAACCAAGAGCAGUUUGUAACUGUGACAACUCUAAGAGAAAUAAAGUAAUCAGAAAUAGUU